AUGCGUCUGGAAAUGCCCCUUUCCCAAUGGGGUGUAGCAGCGCCGUGCAGCAGCGAAAGCUUCAAGACAAAGAAUCACAAGCACAAGCCGCUGGCCAAGGACUGGACCCAUCGAUUGAGUCCCGAGUCAACCAGUCGAGCAGGGUCGUCUCUGAAGGGCGCUUUCAAGCACCUUAAGAACCCAGGCAUCAUCUCUCUUGGUGGUGGACUUCCGCUCAGCGAAUUCUUUCCAUUCGACAGCCUCGCCUUCACAGUACCCUCGGUCACAAGUGUCAGUGGAUCUCAAGUAAAUGGGAACCACGGAAACAACCAGAUUCUCGCAGAAAAGAAUGAUAUUUCAGAGGGCCGGAGUGUGUACGACAUCUCAGUAGCCUUGAACUAUAGCCAAGGAAGUGGCUCUGCACAGCUUCUUCGUUGGAUUGUAGAACACACUGAGAUGGUUCACGACCCGCCUUAUGCGAAUUGGCAGUGCACCAUGACAAUCGGCAGUACAUCAGCGCUGGACAUGGCUCUGCGAAUGCUUACCAAGCCUGGCGACCAUGUCCUGUCCGACUACUACACUUUCGCAUCGGCGGUAGAGACUGCAUUUCCGAUGGGCGUUAGGUUUUUCGGCAUAGAGAUGGAUAGCGAGGGUAUACUGCCAGAAAGCCUUCGAGCAACGCUCGAGAACUGGAAGCCAGAAGAGCACGGGAAUGCCCCAAAGCCCGUUCUUCUCUACCUCAUCCCCACGGGUCAGAAUCCAACCGGUGCCACUCAGAACCUCCAGCGCCGCAGAGACAUUUACCGAGUCGCUCAAGAGCACGAUUUGAUCAUUCUGGAAGACGACCCUUAUUACUUUCUUCAAAUGGCACCAUACGAUCCCUCGGCCGAUGGCUCCUCCCGCUCUGAGGAAUUUCGCUCCCCAGCCGAUCUGCUCAAGGUGCUUGUACCCUCAUACCUUAGCAUUGACGUCGACGGACGAGUAAUCCGCAUGGAUUCUUUUAGUAAAGUCGUCAGUCCUGGAUCUCGCAUCGGCUGGAUAACAGCCCCCCAAGAGAUCACUGAGCGAUACAAGAGCCACGCGGAUGUUUCAACUCAAGGCCCCAGUGGCUUCAGUCAGCUGGCCCUCUUCAAGCUGCUCGAUGAGCAUUGGGGCCAUGCCGGCUACCUUGAAUGGCUAGUGCAUAUCCGAAAAGAGUACACUAAACGACGAGACUUUAUGGUUCGCGCGUGUGAGCGUCACUUGCCCAAGGAUAUUAUCUCUUGGGAGCCUGCUCAGGCGGGCAUGUAUCAAUGGUUACGUGUGGACUGGCAAACAUACCCCGAUGCGGCUUCCAAGUCCCUCUCGGAUAUGGAAGAGGAGAUAUGGCACGAAACCAUCACACAAGGCGCCCUUAUGGCUCGUGGCAGCUGGUUUAAUGCGACCAAGGAGAAACCGAUUAAUGAGAUUUUCUAUAGAACCACGUUUGCCGCUGCGCCUUUAGAUGAGGUUGAGGAGGCGAUCAGGCGAUUUGGGGAAGCCUUACGGGAAAGAUUUAAAAUUAACUAG